AUGCAAGACCGCUACCAAACCUCCAUUUCAACGUAAGAAACCGUUAUACGUACUGCCGUCGGGCGAUGAUCGUUUGGCGUAAACGCGCAAGAAUUUAUGAGGGGUAAGUUUCUCUUCGGUCUCAAUGAAUCCUUCAGUCGCUUCCGAGAAGAUGUAUUUUACAGAGAUGGCCAACGGAAACCGGAGGAUCCCCCUUUCACCCCGGCGUUCGUGGUGAGUCAAGUUAUAUUGAGGCGGCACAACAUACAAACAAGCUUUUGGCUAAUUCUACCACAGAAGAACAAGUUCACUCUCCCACUUCCACGACAGCGCACGAAUUGGUCAAAAAACCUCUGGGCAGAUCAAGACCUGGAACGUUCCUUAACAGAUAUUGCUUUUUAUGUGGCAGCAUGCAGCAACACUACCGCGACAUACGCCCAGCUUCAGGCCACACUUGCAGAUGUUGUCACAAAACUGAUCACUUUGCAGGCUUCUGUCAACAGGUUGCCAAAGAGAACGGAGCCUCUAGACCUGCCUCCCAUACACCUACCCCACCGGGUCCCAGACGGGAAUACAUGAGAUUGGUGGAACAAGAGGAGCACUCCUACACCCUUCCCGUGGAAGGCAUACAGUAUUAGAACUGCUUCACCCUCUUAAGCGAGUAAUCCCCUAACACUGGCGUCCCUACAACGGCCCCACCCUCUGACAAAGGCCAUUUCGCCUGGCUUCUUUUGGAGGAACCGGUCUCAAACUGCAGAGUGCAAAUUCUUUUUCAAAUAAAUUCCGCAGCCUCUUGCAACACUCUUCUAUCCUGCUACUUUUCCAGCAUAUCCUGGGCCAAGAUUCUACCAUCCAAAACUGUGAUUCCACCCUAUGACAGUCCACCAACCAGAUCCAUUGGCCAACUUACCCCCCAAGCCAGUAAAGGUAAAUUCACGAGUCACCUCACCUUCCUAGUCAUUUUCACUGACCAACCAGCCUUACUCAGUACAGAGGCAAGCAUAGCACUUGAUGUGCUGACUAUGCAUGCGGACUUCAUAAGGAAAUGCUCCAUAAGUAACCCUCCCCAACCACUGCUGACUGAACCUGACAGCCAUCAGGAAUCAGCAGCUGGGCCCCCUUUACCACCCCCAGAUACGUCAAUGCGAGUCUGGCCUACACUAAGGACUUGA